AUUAUUGUCAUUAAAUUACUGAUAAAUUGAUAGAAACAUCGGAGCGGUGUUGCGUUCUCUUCAGAUGGCCCCGGUGCUCUCGAACACAAAUCUGGCCACAGUGUUUGUGCUGAGCUGCAUGUGUGCAGUGUUGCUGCAGGGCCAGAAGCCGGGUCAGGUGGAUCCCCUGGCGGCCCACCGGGCGAACCCGCAGUGCUGGGACUCCUCCUCCGCGCUGCUGCUGGAGAUGCGCUCCCCGAGGAUCGCUGACACGGUGCCCGCCUUCUGGGACCUCAUGGUGUUCCUAAGGUCGUCGGACAACAGCAGGCACACGGCGCUGUUCUGGGACCUGGCCGGGGUCUUCUGGGACAUCUACGUGGACUGCGUGCUAUCCAGGAGUCAUGGCCUGGGACGGAGACACAUCACCGCCGUGCACUCCCUCAUUACUGACAAGUCCUUCAGUUUCAACAGCUCAGGCGUGAACUCCUGGGCCUGGCUCAGUGUCAGAGUGAGACACAGGGGGCACAUCAAGACUCUGAAGACCAAACCCAGUUCAAACGCACGCUAUUACAUAUAA